AUGAGUUUCGCAAUCGAAGUGCCAGGAGACGCGGCUCCAUUGUCUCUGCAAGAGCUUUGCCGCACGCUGCACGCCGCAACCUCGUCCUCUGACCAUGUCCAGCGACAGGCUGCCGGCCAGCAGCUGUCCACCUGGGAGUCACAGGCCGGCUAUUACUCGUCGUUACAGUCCGUGUUCCUCGACAAGUCGCUCCCCCUCGAAAUACGAUUCCUGGCCAUUAUACAAAUCAAAAACGGCAUUGACAAGAACUGGAGGCUAUAUGCGAGCGCAAAGCAGGGCAUUUCCCCAGAGGAGAAGAACCUGAUACGGUCACGACUGCUCCAGGGAUCUGUCGAGGAGGAAGAGAGGCAUCUUGCGCUGCACAAUGCCUUGGUCAUUGCCAAGGUGGUCCGGAUCGAUUAUCCAGAAGAGUGGCCGCAGGCCCUUCCUGAUAUCAUCAGCCUCCUGCGAUCCACUCGAAACGCCAACCAACAUCAUCUCUACGGCACCUUGCUAGUGUUGCUACGGGUCAUCAAGGAGAUGGGCAGCGCACGGCUAAGGAAAUCGCAAACGGCGCUGCAAUCCAUCACGCCAGAAAUUGUAUACAUUCUAUCCGAGAUAUACUCUGAAAAAUCGGCAUCGUGGAUCAACUUUUUAAACACUGGACACGGAAACGGCGACGAAGCCAACCUGGCGAUGAUGAACAGUCUCUCCGCUCUGAAGACGCUUCGCCGCCUUAUCAGCGUGGGCUACCUGCGUCCUCAUGCCGACAGUUCUGUAAGUGAGUUUUGGACGCUGUCUCAGAACCAAUUUGGCCUGUUCCUGGGGUUUGUAAACCACGACUCCGCUGUGCCACCGCCGUAUCAAGACUUGGUAGGAAAGCACCUUCUUCAGUUCGCCAAGUUCCACAUCGACCAAGCCGAGCACUUUGCUGCUAGCUUUGCUUUCCUCCCCAACUCAAUAUCCCUAGUCAAUGCAUACUGGGAUCUCAUUUCAAAGUUUGCGGAAAUCUUCGUCUCGUCUGGCGGCAUUCGUCAGGGUUCCGGUGACGCAGGAGCCAAAGCAAAGACGGAGGGGCCACUAAUGGAAAAACUUGCCCUCAAAGGCCUGCUCCUCCUCCGUGCCUGCGUGAGAAUUGCCUUCCAGCCAGUGCAGACGUUCAAGUACCGGACGCCAGAGACAAAGGCUGAACAAGAAGACGCCAAGCAUGUUGUCAGGACGGAGCUCUUCAAAGACGAUCUGGUCAUCCAAAUCGUCAAUACCAUCAUUUCACACCUGUUCGUCUUCCGUAGAUCGGAUCUCGAAUCUUGGGAGGAGGACCCGGAGGAUUGGGAGCAACAGGAGCAACACGAGGGCAACGCAUACGAAUGGGAAGUCCGCCCAUGCGCCGAAAAGCUCUUUUUAGAUCUUCUCACCAACUUUAAGCCGCUUCUGGUGCCUCCUCUGCUAUCGUAUUUCGAGACGGCGCAAUCCCCUCAGGCAGACAUUGCUACAAAGGAAGCGGUAUACACUGCCAUGGGCCUCUCAGCGGCGCACGUGGUCGGUGCAUUUGACUUUGAUGCAGUAUUGGCCUCGACCAUUGUCAGCGACGCCCAGCAGCAAGGCGGUCUCUACAAGGUGCUUCGGCGACGUAUUGCCAUUCUGAUCAGUCUGUGGGCGCCAGUGAAGUUAGGCGAAGAGAGCAGACCUAUUGUGUAUCAAAUUUUCCAGCAUUUCCUCAAUUCAAACGAUGAGACAAACGACAUUGUAGUGAGGAUCACGGCGGCACGGCAGCUCAGGUGGGUCGCCGACGAGAUUGACUUCAGCGUCGACGCAUUUCUGCCGUACACCUCGGAUGUUCUCAAGAACCUUACGGAGCUCAUUCAGAACGUGGAGAGCGACGAAACUAAGCUAGCCAUCCUUGAGUCGAUCCGAAUCCUGGUGACAAGAAUGGAGGAACAGGUGGGACAGUUUGGAGACCAGCUCAUGGUUGCUCUGCCUUCGGUGUGGGAAGCCUCGGGGACAGAAGAAUACAUGAUCAAACAGGCUGUGAUUGCCAUUUUCGCGGCGCUCGUGAUGAGCAUGGGUCCCGAAUCUCAGCGUUACCAGGGCUCUAUGCUUCCCUUGCUGGCGGAAGCGGCAAGGCCAGGCUCAGACUUGCACCUGAACCUCAUUGACGAAUCGCUGGAGCUCUGGAAUUCCAUCCUCACGCAAAGCAAUCCCCCACUUGCCUCAGAGCUCGUUAACCUAGCGGAAUUGCUACUCCCACUACUAGAGUAUCAAUCUGAGAUUGUGUCCCUCGCAAUCUCGGCCAUUGAAUCCUACAUCCUGAUUGCACCCCAGGCGAUGCUAGAGGACAGACUUCGACGGCCGACACUCAUGGCGUUAAGCACCACUCUAGACUCCAAGAGCCGAGAGCACGUUCGCGUGGGUACUGUGUGCAUUGAACUCCUCAUCCGGUCGGCUGCCGAACUAGGAGGGGCCGAGGGAGUCUCGGUCAUCGUUAGAGACAUGGUAGAGACCGGCUUCAUGAACAAGAUUAUGGCCAAUCUUCAUGAUGCCUGGGAGGCCAGCCAGACCACUGGGCCCAAUAGAAGACAAAGCAAGCUCAACACAGUCACGCAGGGUGACUACUUUGCGAUCCUUGCUCGCCUAAUACUAGCCGAACCCAACUUGUUUGUGCAGAUGCUGGGCACGGUUGGGAACGUCGAGGAAGUGUGGAGCUGGCUCUCCGCAGGGUGGUUCACAUAUCAAGCGCGGAUGGAUAACAUAGAUCGCCAGAAGCUCUAUCUCCUCGGCUUGACGCGUCUGCUGGAACUUGGUUCACCAAUGCAGGAGCUGGUCCUGGGCAAGCUACAAGACUUUUUGGAUUUGUGGACAAAUAUUAUUAUAGAUCUUCAAGACGGCAGCGAGGUGAACGGCAGUGACUGUUUGGUUUGGGGACCGGAAAUCGAAGUGGAGGAGUAUGAUACCCCAAAGAUGAUUCUGGAGAAGCAGAGCCAGCACAAGGAUCCGGUCCACUGUGUGCAGGCGCUGCAUUUUGUCAAGGUGAGGCUGCACGACGUCGUUGCACGGAUCGGAGGAGAGGCGGUUUUCCAGGAGAACUGGGCGAUCAAUGUGGAUAAGGAGGUCAUGGACGCUUUCCAGAAGCUGAUGAAUGGGGGUGCACAGUGA